CUGGACCGGUUCUUGAACGGGAACAGGGGCGACAACGAUGCCAGAGCUCUCCCGAGCCAUCAUCUCCCUCUUUCAUAAACGCGCAGCCACAGAGCAGGGUGGCCUUUUGAGCGGAAAGGAUCCCUCGGAGUUCAACACCGCAGAUCCGAUUCGACUAUGGAUCAUUCAAGUUGGGAUCAUCGUAUGCACUGCGAGUUUGCUGGCUCUUGCUCUGCGGAAGAUUCGCCAGCCAAAGGUUAUUGCAGAGGUUCUAGGGGGAAUACUUCUUGGUCCGACUGCGUUUGGUCGUAUACCCGGUUUCACAGAACACAUCUUUCCAGACGCAUCGAGGCCCUACCUUAGCCUCGUCGCCAACAUCGGACUCUGCCUAUUUCUCUUCCUAGUCGGUCUCGAAAUCGACGCAGGUGUAAUCAGACGCAAUGCCAGCUUAUCCGCCACAGUCGCUUUGGCAGGGAUGGUUCUGCCAUUCGGAAUCGGUGCAGGACUCGCCGUGGCGAUCUACAAGGAAUUCAUUGACCAGAGCGUAAAGUUCACGCAUUUCAUGCUGUUUACUGGCGUGGCGUACUCCAUCACAGCGUUCCCGGUUCUUUGCAGGAUUUUGACAGAGUUGAAGUUGCUGGAUACGACGGUGGGCAUCGUGGUUCUCUCCGCAGGUGUCGGAAACGAUAUCAUCGGUUGGACGCUGCUAGCACUCAGCGUAGCAUUAGUGAACGCCGGCUCGGGUCUCACAGCCCUCUACAUCCUCCUGACCUGCGUCGGGUGGACCUUGUUCCUCCUUUUCCCCGUCAAGAUGCUCAUGAGGUGGUUAGCCCGGACGACGGGGUCCAUUGAGAGCGGCCCUUCCCUCUUCUUCAUGACCGCCACCAUGAUGGUCCUCUUUGGCUCUGCAUUUUUCACAGACGUUAUUGGCGUGCACGCUAUCUUUGGUGCGUUUUUGGCAGGGCUCGUCGUACCCCGAGAGGGAGGUCUGGCCAUUGCAUUGACGGAGAAGCUGGAGGAUAUGGUUUCGAUUAUAUUCCUGCCACUCUACUUUACGCUCUCGGGACUCUCAACUGAUCUUGGAUUGUUGGAUAACGGGAUAACAUGGGCGUACACCAUCGCAAUCAUCUUCUCGGCGUUCAUCGGCAAGUUUGCAGGCUGCUGCAUCGCAGCGAGAUACUUUGCAGGUUUCAACUGGCGCGAAUCCAGUACCAUCGGGUCCUUGAUGAGCUGUAAAGGCCUCGUCGAGCUUAUCGUACUCAACGUCGGGCUGUCAGCUGGCAUCCUCUCCCCUCGCGUUUUCUCCAUGUUCGUGUUGGAAGCUCUAGUUCUUACUUUCAUGACUACGCCUCUCGUGACGUGGUUGUAUCCCCAACACUUACGCACUCGUAUCGCCGCCUCUGGUGCCAAAUUUAUCAAUGUCGCGGAUGACGAAGCUCGAAGACCAGCUUCUCGAUCGAGGUCCAGAAAUGGGGAGUACAGGACACGAUACACGGUCGUCUUGGACAAACUGGAGCAUUUACCAGGAAUGAUGGCGCUCACGCAGCUCAUACAUACCUCCCCUGCUUCGAGACGCCGUUUACGAGAAUCAUCGACUAGCAGCAUCGAUUAUCCUCACCCGAUUUCGGUCCAGGCGUUACGUUUGAUCGAGCUGUCCGAUCGUGUUUCGGCAGUAAUGAAGUCCUCCGUCUCCGAUACCCUCCUCCACGUCGACCCCCUUCUUUCCGUCUUCCGCAUGUUCGGACAGCUGAAUGAUGUAAAGAUCACUCCCUCCCUCUCCAUCGUUAAAUUCGAUGAUCUGGCAUACAGCGUUGCGGAGCACGCGAGGGAGUACGACUCUGACAUGAUCAUGAUCCCAUGGUUGCCGCCCACGCACGAUGCGUACGACGGGAACAACUUACAUACCCAUAUCCAUAUUCCUUAUACCCAUCAACCACCCACCCCUCAUACCCCUAAUUCCGCUACGUCCUCGCAUAACCCCUUCGAGAUGCUCUUCCGCACAGGACCAACAGGUAGCAUCAUCCACUCUCAGUUUGUCCGAGGUGUCUUCUCUCAGGCAACGACGGACGUAGCGCUCUUCGUGGACCAGAGCACCCUCGCGGCAUCGGGUGAGAGUUCCGGGAGGAGCGGGAGCGCACAGCAUUUGUUUUUGCCGUUCUUUGGUGGGCCAGAUGAUAGGCUCGCGUUGGAGUUUGUGGUUCAGCUUUGUAAUGAGAACCCGUGUGUGAGGGCUACGGUGGUGAGGAUUGUGAAGCGGGAUGUGGAUGCGGAGGUCGUUCAGCCUCCUCUGGCUGCUGCUGGGUCGCAGAGGGCGAUGGAGGAUGUGAAUGCCUUGACUGUCGCCUCGGUUCUCUAUGGCCGUGACAACACCGAAACGAGGCUCCAAUCCCAAACAGCAGACACCAUCGUCUGGGCACGAUACGCCUCGCCACCACAAAACCCCGCCCCCGGGUCUAACUCUGAAGCCAAAUCCACCAUCUCCUCCUCGUCCUCUUCCUCUCGCAUUGAAUUCAAAGAACUCAGCACACCUAUUCCACUACACACCAUCAUCCAAACCUCGCUCUCCAUUCAGGACGAAGACGAUCGCGACAUGACUUUGUUCGUCGUCACUGGCCGAUCGAGGAGGUUGGCUGCGGAGAACCAUAGGGAGGAGGUAAAGGAGAUUAUGGAGGAGUAUGGGAGUGUGAGUGCGGAGGUUAGAAAGACGAUUGGGGAUGUGGCUGCUGCUGUUGUUGUGGCGGGGUGUGUGGCUGGGUUGGUGGUCGUUCAGGCUGCUGAGUAUUGAGUGUUGGAUUAUGGACUUCUUGUUGUUCUGGCGGCGGGUAAGCCGUUGUUGUUGUUGGGCUCGGGCUCGAUAAUUAGGUUAGGUAUUAGCGGGGCUUUUGGUGUUGGGACUGCUGUUGUGGCUAUAGGUUUGGUCCACGAUGGAUGGAUUUGUAGGAUGAGCAAAGGAGGGCUAGCGAAGAAAUUGUCACUAGAAAUCGGAGGUUCGAGCUUUGUUAUC